CAAGAAGAAAAAAAGCAAAGACAAAAUGGGUGAGAUCACCAAGGAAGAAGUGGAGAAAUACUUAGGAAACAACCCUCAGUUUGCAAAGGAGUAUUUUGACAAGAAGCUGAGGGCGGAGGUGCUGGGAGAAGUCUUCAAAGGCAGCCCAGUCCCCCUCAAGGAAGAUACAUCCUUCAGUGAGAUGACCCAAGUGGAGGAAUCAGCUUUGCUCUUUGAAUUGCUGCAGAACGUCCAAGAUGAGGCAGCCAGCAUGGAGGCAGUGGUGCACAAGAAUCUACAGAGGAUUUCCCAAUUGCUUUCCGCCGACCGCUGUAGCAUGUUCAUUUGCCGAUCGCGCAAUGGCAUUCCAGAGGUGGCGUCGCGGCUGCUCGAUGUCACCCCGACCUCUAAGCUGGAGGACAACCUUGUGUCUCCUGACAAAGAAGUUGUUUUUCCUCUAGACAACGGGAUUGUGGGUUGGGUUGCUCAUACUAAAAAAUCCUUUAAUAUUCCGGAUGUAACCAAGAACAGCCAUUUUUCAGACCUUCUGGAUAAGCAAACUGGUUAUACCACUAAAAACAUGCUGGCAAUGCCUAUCGUGAUGGGCAAGGAGGUUCUUGCUGUUAUGAUGGCUAUCAACAAAAUCAAUGAGCCUGAGUUUACUAAGCAGGAUGAAGAGGUUUUUUCCAAAUACCUCAGUUUUGUUUCUUUUGUUCUAAGGCAGAACCACCUAUCAUACCUUCACAGUAUUGAAACUCGAAAAACUCAGGUCCUUUUAUGGUCAGCCAACAAAGUAUUUGAAGAACUUACAGAUAUUGAACGGCAAUUUCAUAAAGCCCUAUAUACCAUUAGAGUCUAUCUGAACUGUGAAAGAUACUCCAUCGGCCUACUGGACAUGACCAAAGAAAAGGAGUUCUAUGAUGAAUGGCCAAUCAAGCUUGGAGAAGUAGAGCCCUACAAAGGUCCAAAGACACCAGAUGGCAGAGAAAUUAUCUUUUAUAAGAUUAUUGAUUAUAUUCUGCAUGGAAAAGAAGAGAUCAAAGUCAUCCAGACGCCUCCUGCAGACCACUGGUCUCUUGUUAGUGGGUUGCCAGCAUAUGUUGCUGAACAUGGAUUUAUUUGUAAUAUGAUGAAUGCACCAGCAGAUGAAUAUUUCACAUUUCAGAAAGGACCCGUUGAUGAAACAGGCUGGGUCAUUCAAAAUGUCCUCUCCCUACCCAUUGUCAACAAGAAAGAAGACAUUGUGGGAGUCGUGACAUUCUACAAUCGAAAAGACGCAAAGCCCUUUGAUGAAUACGAUGAGCAAAUCACUGAGAUUCUCACACAGUUUCUUGGUUGGUCUCUUUUAAAUACUGAUACUUAUGAUAAAAUGAAUAAACUUGAAAACAGAAGGGACAUUGCUUAUGAAAUGCUCAUGUAUCAGACCAAAGCUACUGCUGGUGAAAUUGAGUCUAUUUUGAAAUACAAAGAAAAGUUGAAUACAAAUAUUAUUGACGAUUGUGAAGAAAAGCAACUCAUCCAGAUUUUGAAAGAGGAGCUGCCGAACCCAAUGGAUGUAGAACUUUAUGAGUUCCACUUCAGUGACUUUCCCAUUACAGAGCAUGGAUUGAUAAAAUGUGGGAUCCAAUUAUUUUUUGAAAUAAAAGCUGUGGAAAAGUUCAAAGUGCCUGUGGAGGUCCUUACAAGAUGGAUGUACACAGUGAGAAAAGGUUACCGAUCUGUCACCUAUCACAACUGGAGGCAUGGAUUCAAUGUGGGACAGACAAUGUUUACCCUACUAAUGACAGGAAAACUGAAGAAAUAUUAUACCGAUCUGGAAGCCUUUGCUAUGAUUGCAGCUGCUUUCUGCCAUGAUAUUGAUCACAGAGGCACCAACAAUUUGUUUCAGAUGAAAUCUGCAUCGCCCUUAGCCAAACUUCAUGGAUCUUCCAUUUUGGAGAGACACCACCUGGAGUUCAGUAAGACUCUGCUACAUGAUGAGAGUUUAAACAUCUUCCAGAACCUCAAUAAGCGCCAGUUUGAAACCGUUAUUCAUCUAUUUGAAGUGGCAAUAAUAGCAACUGACCUGGCUUUAUAUUUCAAGAAAAGAACCAUGUUUCAAAAGAUUAUUGACACUUGUGAAAAAAUGGAAACUGAAGAGGAGGUCAUUAAGUAUAUAUCCAUUGACCCAACCAAAAAAGAGGUUAUCAUGGCAAUGAUGAUGACAGGGUGUGACCUCUCUGCUAUAACCAAGCCUUGGGAGAUCCAAAGCCAGGUAGCCCUUAUGGUUGCAAAUGAAUUUUGGGAACAAGGAGAUCUGGAGAGAAGAGUAUUGCAACAAAAACCAAUUCCUAUGAUGGACAGAGAAAAAGGAGAUGAACUACCCAAGCUCCAAGUUGGUUUCAUCGAUUUUGUGUGUACUUUUGUAUACAAGGAAUUCUCCCGGUUUCACAAAGAAAUUACACCAAUGUUAAAUGGUCUUCAAAACAACAGAGUAGAGUGGAAAUCCCGAGCUGAUGAAUAUGAAGAAAAAAUGAAGGUGAUAGAAGAAGAAAAGAAAAAACAGGAAGAAGCCAACACAGCUCCAAAAGCUGAAGAAGAUGUAGGAAAUACUGCGAAAAGUGGUGAUGACAAAAAGUCCAAAACGUGUGAUAUUUUGUAA